UCUUGAUAGUUAGCAUCGUGAUUAAUUACUUUGUUUUUUGCUUAUUAAUAUUGUUUAAAGUGUAAUAUCGAUAGCUUAUUAUACAGUAAACUAAUGUGGUAGUGUGCAGUGAAUGGAGAAUUAAUUUUGAAGCGCGUUUAACCACCAUCUUGGAGUCAACGGCCGGUAGUCCACGUGCUUCUUGUAAAGACUAGCUAUCGAUUUACAAGAGCUAACAAAUCACCGUACACUGUCUUGUACAACCGUACAAUUUUUGUCGUUUGUAAACCUCUCAAUACCUUGAUACUGGCGAAAUAGUCCCACUGGGCUGAAGCCAUAAUUUUAAAAGAAGAAGAAGAAGAAUGUUAUCAUAAGAAUCACUAUUUUUAGUAUAGCAUCAAUGAAUUGAACCAUAUAGCGUCAGUUAUUCACCAUCAAUAUAGUAUUGAUAAUUUUACUUUAUUUUAAGUGUAUUCGAAGUAAAAGUAUAGUAAGAUGACUUUCGCCGAAUUCUUCAGCUGUUCCCUGCUGGCCUUUGGGCCUCCUCUCGUAAUGUUCGCAAUGACAAUCGCCAAUGAUCCUGUGAGGAUUAUUAUUAUGAUCGCAGCAGCGUUUGGGUGGCUACUGUCAUUCCUGUUAUCGUCACUUGUGUGGUUCGCUGUAGUGCCUUUACGGACAUAUUUAGUGUUUGGAAUGGUGUUUGCUAUUAUAUUUCAGGAGCUCUUCCGCUAUGGCAUGUAUGUGCUUCUCCGGAAGACUGAGGCUGGCCUGAAGGAGAUCUCGGAGAAUCAUGAGAUUGGCAGUAACAAGUUGGAGAUGGCUUACGUUUCUGGGCUGGGAUUUGGAGCAAUGAGUGGUGCAUUUGCUCUUGUCAAUGUCCUAGCUGAUUCGGUUGGACCAGGUACUCUAGGCCUUCACAACGGCACAGAAUAUUUUUUUGUUACAAGUGCUGCCAUGACACUCUGCAUGAUCCUGCUCAACACUUUCUGGAGCGUCAUCUUCUUUAGUGGCCUUGAUGACAAAUACUAUCCAAAGAUAGUCUGGGUGGUUGGGUCCCAUUUCUUUGUAUCAGCAUUAAGUUUACUAAAUAGAAAUGAACUGUAUGCAGCUACUAUUAUACCAUCAUAUAUAGUGCUGAUAGUAACAGCGUAUUUAGCGUACAGGUCCGCAGGAGGUACUGGUAGAAGCUUUUUGCAAAGCUUUUCUUCCAGAACAUAGAAUAGGAGUUACUAAGUGGCCCAGUGCCUAUAUUGUAAAUGAUCAUUGAUCUCGUGAGAUAACCUGGCCUGUACAUUUAGAUGCUGAACUUCCUACGCGUCAAAAGAUUCAUUUUCGGAAGUACUAGAUUCCUUUUCGGUAUUAAAUCAUCAAUCAAGUUUGCAUUUGAAACAAGGACUUGUUUCCUGAUUUACGAAGUUGUGAUACCUGACAAAAGAAUGUGUUGUGGAGAAUGAGUACCAAUAGCACCAUUACCUACCAAUAUCCUUCAAAUCGAUUGGUACUCCUAAUCGGAGGACUGCCGUUGGGUUUUGUAUUUAUACAGUGUCGGAAUUUAUAUCUUUUAAUUUAAUUAUUUUCUAAUAAGUUUUAAAAUAUAAGAUGUUAAUCCAUUCCUAAUUAAACUAUAUUCAUAUUUUUUUUAUUAGUAUUAUGAAAUUCAUGAAAUAUGCAUAACGGGUUUGUGUAUUUACCUUAAAAUUGGGCAAUGAUAUGUAUUUAAUAGGAAUUUAUUUCUUUUUAACAAGCCAAUGUAUAGAGAGACAAUAAUGAAAUUAAUGAGAUAGAUAGAUGAGAUAAUAAAAGCUUAUAAAUUAGGUUUAACAUUAAUUUAUUAUAAAUUCAAACUAGGCCAAGUUUAAUUGUACAAAUUGGACGGAAAAUUCUUAAUUAUCACAAAUAAAAUUAAACAUACUAAAUACCA